GGUGGGGUGGGGCUGCCCGGCUUUCUGGGAGGGGGAAUCUGUGGAUUCUUUGGAGGCUUCUUUUGGGGGGGGGGAAUUAAGCUGAUUUUGUCCCCGAGAGAGCCCCAGCAUGCCGGCCUCACAAAGCCGGUCCCGAGCCAGAGACAGGAACAAUGUCUUGAACAGGGCAGAGUUCAUGUCAUUGAACCAGCCCCUGAAAGGAACGCAGGAGCCCAAAAGCUUCAGCCGAAGACCGAACAACCAGGCCAGCUCCGGCCCUGCCCAGAAUGAGGGUGCCAAGGAACGGAGGCAGUCCCAACAGCUCCCCGAGGAAGACUGCAUGCAGCUGAACCCCUCCUUCAAAGGGAUCGCCUUCAACUCCUUGCUGGCCAUUGACAUCUCCAUCUCCAAAAGUCUGGGCGUGUGUGCCAGCAACGCCUCCGCCUGGGGCAAUGCCCGCUCCAUGAUCAACCUAAUUGGAAUAACUGGGCAUGGAGUCCCCUGGAUCGGGGGCACGCUGAUCUGCUUGGUGAAGAGCAGCACCCUGGCAGGCCAAGAGGUCCUCAUGAACUUGCUGUUGGCCUUGUUUCUGGACAUCCUCAUCAUCGCCGGCUUACAGAAGCUGGCUAAGCGGAAAGGACCGUACGACGUCAGCCCGGGCCUGCUGGACUACCUGACCAUGGACAUCUAUGCUUUUCCUGCCGGACACGCCAGCCGGGCAGCCAUGGUGUCCAAGUUCUUCCUCAGCCACCUGGUCUUAGCGGUGCCACUUCGGAUCUUGCUUGUGCUCUGGGCCUUUUUGGUGGGACUUUCUAGGGUCAUGGUUGGACGGCAUCACAUCACUGACGUCCUCUCUGGCUUUGUCUUCGGCUACUUGCAGUUCAGGCUGGUGGAGGUGAUGUGGAUGUCCUCCAACACGUGCCAGAUGUUGAUUUCCAUGUGGUGAAUGCUGACUCCGCCCGCGCUUGUUUUAUAUACCGAAGAAGAGGAAAAGAUGCUUUUCCAAGUGUAGGAUUUUGAAAAUGGGUAUGGUACACAAAUCCAUUACGUCUUUGUUGGAAACAAAGACGUCCGCUUCUGUCGUGGUUUUGAUCUAAUUGCAUCUAGUAAAAUGCCUUCCGGGAACUGGCUGGCCUUGUCUGGCCAACACCCACCAUGGGAUUUUGCCCACAUUUUCUGGACUCCUAAUUGGAUGGUAAAUUCAUUUGGCUGUGGAGAGAGAACAAAAUUGUUACUGUUUGUGUAUUUGUUUGUUUUAGACAGCACACUCUUCCACAGCCCUUUUUAUUUCAUGGGGUCAUGCGUUCAGUUUGCUUCUGUGGAAGCUGGAAAUUUUGAGGUGAACUUUAGGGCUGCCAGUUGCCACCCCAGAGAAUUACACCGUAUCCUUCAACUCCCACCCCCCCAAAAAGCCAGAGACAAGGCCCCUGCAGCACCGUCGACCCUUUUCUCUCCUGCUUGCUGUGACAAGCACAAUUCCAGCUGUGCUGCCCAUCAAGUAAAGAGGGAUGGACUACCAGGCUGAGCGAGGAACAUCAGGAGAGGCCAUGGCGGCCCCCCGUUUCCCAUUGCAGUGGGGAAUUUCAAGAUGCAGCGCAAAUUGCCCGGUUACUAACUGGCAACGCGCUGAACUAUGAUCAGGGUGGGGUUUUGUCUGAGUCAUCAUGUGCAACCAUUGUCCCUUGUACAAGAUGGGUACAAAGCCAAACUUUAAGAAUAAUAAAGGAUACAUCAGCCUUG